AGACUACAUAACUGAAGUGUAAUAAACUUCUUUUUGUUAGUGUAUAACAUAUCGAUGUUUGCAGAUUGGUCUAAUAUCAAAUGCGUUUGUUUGGACGUAGACUCAACGGCUUGUGAAGAUGAAGGACUGGAUGAAAUUGCCGGUUUUCUUGGAGUUACUGAUAAAGUUAAAAAAAUCACUGAGGAGGCUAUGAAUGGAGAAUUGGACAUUACUAAGGCAUUAGAAGCCCGCUUAUCAAUAAUGAAUUUGAAUCUAAAGAAGCUUACUGACUUUUUAGACAACCAUCCGGUUAGACUAACACCGGGUGUUGAAAAUCUUGUUAAUCAGUUCAAAGAAAAUGGGGUUGAUGUUUACUUGGUAAGCGGUGGAUUAUAUCCGUUAGUUAAUCGCGUAGCCAAACUGCUCAAUAUUCCUGAAGAAAAUGUUUACGCGAACAAGCUGAUUUUCAAUAACGAAGGUAAUACUGAUUGUUGAAGUUUUUUCUCGUUUGCUUUGAUACAAAAUUGUGCACAAUGUAACCUCUUGAAAACUGCAGUUAGAUAAGGUUCUCUUGUAUGUUAGCCUGUCUGUGAAAACAAACCAUCUCCAUUCAAAAUAAUUUUACCAUUGAAUUUGUAUGCAUAAAUGCAAUAUUGAUUUUCUAAGAAAUAUCCAGAUGUCAACAAUUAUUCCAUCAGUAGUCAAAUGUUUCUUGCAUUCAGCUUUCGGUCUUCAGACAUAAGGACCAACGUUAGUUACUUGUAGUACCGUCUGGAGAGGCAUCGGCCUCGUGGUUUCCGAAGCAUCUUGGGUAUCAUAAUUCUUCCGAGUGACGAUCUUCUGAAUCCCAGUUGAGAGUUCCAAUUGUUUUUCCUGGAUAGCAUUUUUCUAGGAAAGUCGUUUCCUAUGGGAUGGGGUUGCUGACCUCAUGCCUAACCCUCUUCCUUUAUCCGGGCUUUCGAUUGGGAGAAACUCUAGAAGGGCUACAGGCUGAAUUGCAAUUUCUACAGAAUGUAUGUAAGUAUAGAAGGGGGGAUUUCGACGAAUUAUGUGAAUGGAAUAGGAUUAUUGAAAUAAUAUUUUCGUCCUAAGAAUUAGACAAUAACGUUUAUCGGUAAUGCUACACAAAAGAAGGGGAGUAAAAAAUUGAGGAAACGCAUUAUAUAGUUCAAAAAAGGAGACAUUUGCAAAUGCAAAAAUCUGUUAAAUAAGGCCUAUAAUAAUAGGUUAACUCCGCCCGGAGCCCCUCUGGGGCUGCUGCCGGUCCCAAGCCCGGAUAAAGAAGGAGGGUCGGGCAUGGAGUUAGCGACCCCAUCCCGUGGAAAACUAAAUCUUUAAAAAAGCGCUAACCAGAAAAAAUAUUAGGUUAAGGUUGUUAUGAUAACGAGGAAUGGGUUUUUUUAAAUAAAUAAUUUGGAUAUAAACUUUAACUACUCUAAAGAGUUUAAGACAAAAAUACCUUGAUAGAUUUCGAUUCCAUAAACAAUCCUAAAGUCAGAAUAUGUUAUUUGAAUAAUCAACAUGACUUUGAUUACCUCUGCUAUUUAGUGUAGGAUUAAGUCUCAUAUUGAAGCUCGGAUGGUCAGGCCAAUCUUUAAAAUCAUAAAUUAUUGAUUUGAGCCUGGUUUAUUGAACUUCAUCCCUCGGGAAUAGAUCAGUAUCUUCUACAUAUUGAAUAUUUAUCAAGUUUCCAGAAGCAAUUGUAUUCAGGAGCCAUGCUAGCUUUUUUGAAACGUAAAUAAACUUACCUAUUCCAUUUGAAGAAGUAUGAUACUACACAAAUCUUGGCGAUUUAAAAUAGGACCAACGUCUUACUUAGUAAGUCUUAUGACAAAAUUAAGAAAAAUAUUUGUUUGGAAUGCGUCUCCAGGUUUCGCUAACGUUCGUUUUGUGGAAGAGGCUCUUGAGACUGCAAGCUGAUUCACUCAAAAGUCUCAUGAAAUUUUGUAAGUGUAACCAGUGCUUAUCUAUGACUUACAUUAAGUUGACAGCUGCACUUCGUACUAGCUCAGUUCAAAAUUUGGUCACAAUUGUAGGUAAAACCGAUUCCUUUACACCAGUUCAUUUAAUAUAAUGAAGUAGUUUACCACCGAAACUCAAGAUAACUUUGAUGUUUACUGAAGCAUUAUGUAAAUUCGUGUAGCUAUUCGAAAAUGAGCGGCAGCUUUGCAUUAUAUUCAUUUCAAGUUCAGCUUUGAGCUGCAGAGAGAUGAAUCCAGGUAGUACAUUUAUUGCGAUACCUGCGUAGUUUCCAGUCAAGUACCACAAAUACGUUCUUUAUCUAUGGUUCAAAAGUUUGCUCUACGUGCACUUAUUUGGCAGCUCGAUGUCACUGGUAAUGCAGACACUCAUAGUACAUACAUACUUAUGGUACACUAAUGUGUAAUCACCAUUAGACGAUUGGAAUCUUAGUAACGGUUGUUUACGUAGUGCUAAGCCAGAAGGUUUUACUAUGUAGUGAUAGGUUGCAUUAUUCGAAGUCUUGCUCACCAGUGUAGAUCACCAACGUAGAUGAUCUAUGUCGAGAUGAUUGGAGACUUCGAAUUAGACGGGAAUGGUGUGACGAAUCAGCUAACGUCGAAGUCACACCUCGUGGUCAGCACCUUACGUGGACUACCCCAUUGACGUAUCAAGGUACCAUAGGUGCUUUGAAGACUGUCCAACACAGAGGACGUUAUUACAAAAAUAUAUUGGUUAAGGUAGAUACAAGCGAAAGUAAGACCACUGCCGCAUGGGCCAGUACAUGGUAUACGACUAACUGGUGCGCGUUGGUUGUCCCUGACCUUGACGAGGAUCGAUGAUUCUCUCGACAUUCAAUGACCCAACUGUCGUAUGAUUUGGCCAGGUCUUAGUGACAUUUCGCUGGCCCUACAACUAGAAUGAGCUAUUGGUGAGGCGAAAUAUUUGUUUUUGGUUCUCAUUUUACACACCUAUAAGUUGUAGUUCGGACUCGUUGAAGGGUGAAUCAUUUUGAUGAAGUUUUGUUCUCUGAGCUGGUAGAAGACUUCUACCUGAAGUUUGUGCUGAUGAUGUUGUUCAGAAGAACGAUGACCAAGCCAUCCAGCUCAGAGAACAAAACUCCAUCAAAAUCAUCCACCUGAGCUACAAAUCUUCUCCACCAUCUCAAGGGUGAAUCAAACCAUUAGUUAGACAAUCUCGAUAACGAGCUUUCGAAAGUGUUUUGAUACAAACUUGAAUUUUGAGUGUCCAGUUCGUGCGUAUAAAGGAACUGACUGGGUGUCACAAGGGAGCUCAUCAGUCUCAGCUUAGAUAAAACGAAUCGCCUUCAGAAGUUUUGUACAGAUCACAAACUGUUUCUCGUGGGCACCAACUAGCAUCGCUUCUCUGCAACUCAAGGUUAAUCUCAAAAUGGUCAGACUCUUCUACAAAGCAACAAUGUUGUUGUUCUCGUACAAGUCGAAACUACAGUUGAACAUUAUAUAUAUGAGUAACUGAGAAGCCACCCUGGAUUUAUUCAUCAUAAAAUUAUUGACCUUAUUAUAAAUAUCUGUAAUGUUUCUUUGAGGCAGAAGCAACUUAAAAUAAGUAAUAGGGAAGAAAACGCUACUAAUUCACACAUAUGGUAUCUUUAUAAAUGAAUUUACGAUUGCGCGAUGCAAUCACAAGUUUGAACCUUGCUUCAGCUACUCCGGUAUAACCGAACCGGUAGUAGCAGCAGUUAUAUAAAACUAGCGUCCGGUAGUGCAUAAUGCCUCACUAGGACCUUGAAAUUGAGUAACUCAGGAUUAAAAUGUUAACAUAGGUGGCUGAGCAUAAUUGUCGAUCCAGAUACCAGUGUAUUCUUCUGUUUCUACUCUUCUUUAAUGUGUAAGAAACUUCAGUUGUAACUAAAUAUCAAACCGAGCUAGGUUCAAGGCUAGCUACCAACCCACCGAAAAGUAUAGAUAAACAUUUGUUGCAAUUACAUGAUACCAUGAAAAUGGCGAGUAAAGUCGUUUGCAGCUCUUCGAAAAGUCCCGCUUAUGAGCACGGGGUUUCUUUGGGCUCCUUACAACUCAUUGAAGCCUGUCGGUCUACUCCGGAUGACCUCGAGUUUAACCCCAAGCGAAGACUGUUACGAAAUGAAAUUUGACAAGGUUUGUGUAAGAACCGAGAAGCCUGGUGGUCGGAGCAUGCCAAUGAGUUGGAAGCAGCACCUGCAUGUGGUAACUGCCGGAAGCUCUUUUGACUCAUCUGAUUUACUGGCAGCAAGAAGUCUGAUGUGAGCGAAACAAUCUGUGAAGAUGACGGGAUGUCAAUCACUAACAUCUACCGACGUCUCGGAGGAGGGGCAGUUCAACUGGUCUGCUGCCCCGGCAAUAUCGAUCAGACUGUCUUGCCCUCCAUGGCCUGUGAUGACUGAUCCACCAAAUGAGACAGAAGUCCGCAAGGAACUCCAACUCUUGAAGCACUACAAAUCACCGGGCCCAGAUGACUUACUUUCGACCUUUUUUAAAGAUGGUAGUGAAUUUCUGGUUAUGGAACUGAUUGAGUUAUUUACAAAGGUUUGAUAAUUAGAGUAUUCCGUCAUGAAACGAGUCAAUAGUUAUCCCUGUCUUUAAAAAGGGUUCACGUUGUUUCUGCAACAACUAUCGGGGGAUAAGUCCACAUCAUGCAUCAGUUUAUGAUAUGGUGUCGUGAUAUGAAAGAAAGCUGUACAGGACUGGCUUCUGUUGGUCCUCCAUGACUCCCUGGUUGGGGUCCUAGAGAUGAUGCAACACAGUGGCUUGAAACAUUAUCAAACAUGGCUCAAAAUAGAAUCCAGUGGCGAUCCUGUUGUAACUUUCUUUUACUCCAUAGAAAAUAAACGUAACUUCUCUAAUUGAAAGAAUUCUUUCUGGUUAUAUUUUUGCUAGCUGAACUAUUAUUAUUAUUAUUAUUAUUAUUAUUAUUAUUAUUAUUAUUAUUAUUAUUAUUAUUUCACUCUCAUACACUGAUAUCUGUUCGUUAUUGUUCUUCUUUUAAUAUACGCAUUUUAAAUUCUCUGUCUCUUCAUAACCUCAUUGCUACUGUGUGGCGCGUAAGGUAGCGUUAGACUCUUGAUUGAUAAGUUCUGUGCGUCUGUCAUUGGAAGACAAACCAAGGAAGUACAUCAACCUUGUACAAUCUCUCUACUUGAACACUACUGAUGGGGACUGUCUUCAAGUGGUGUUGUGCAAGGUUGUGCGCUUUCCCCAUUUUUAUUUGACUUUAUCAUAGAUAUGUCACUUUCAUCAUCUGACUUUGGAGGGAUUUGUGUUCCACCAGGAGAUUUACUUGUUGACUUAGAAUACGCAGGUGACUUGGUUCUGUGUUGAUGAAGAUCCUGAUAAGAUGCAUUCUUUUGACCACCUUAGGCAGCAACGCAAUUGCUCCCCUUCAAAUCCAAAAUGCUGUUCUAAGAUUGGUCUGUGUCAACUCCUGAAGUAAUGAUAGGGAGUGAUGUAGUUAAGUGCGUCGACCACUUCACUUAUUUUGGAGAUCUCAUCAUCCCUGAUAGCCUGCUGUAUGACGAAAUCUUGGCACGAAUACUGAAAGGUUGGUUGACUUUGCCAGCUUGUGUCAUUUGUGGGGUAGGCGAAAUAUCCAUCUUUCAACCAAAUGACGAGUUCACUGUUCACCAGUUUGCUCCGUUUCACUUCAUGGGUGUGAAACAUAACCACUGAGAUUAGGGGAUAUUCGUAGGUUAUUACCAUCCAAUCAUAAGUGUGUUUGGAGCAUCGCCGGUGUAUUUUUGGACCACUGAGUGGACGGUGCCGAAAAGAGGUAUAUGGUAUCACGUAGAUAUGGCAGAUCAGUUGACGAUGUAGUGAAUAUUCAUUAGUUGAGGUGAUUAGGACAUGUGUUAUCCAACCACUGACUACCUUGAUGUGGGGAAUUGUAUGGUGUAGGAGUAUGUUGGAAGAAGACUAACGGGUAUCAAAUAAGACGUGGCACCAGUCCAUAAAGUCACUGACAUCUGGACCGUUGUAGACCACCUGGUUGGGAUUCACAUAACUAGAGGCUUUGAGGGGAAUGACUCAAAAUCGGUUGCAAUAGCUCAGGUGGAUUCACUCUCUAUCUUUCUGUGGUUACUAAAUCCUAAAAUCUUAUACUUUUUCGUUUAUUUUUUACUACUACUGUUACUUUAUCACUUCUACUAUUCUAGGAUUUGUCUUGACAAUUUUAUUUCGCUGUGUUACUGUAGUAUGUCAACUUGAACCAAUCCAAGUUGCGCGUCACUCACUUACUGAAAAAUAUUUAAAAUAACUGAGUGUGGGUAAUGUUCGGUAAUGAAGUAAUGAUUUGCUUUGUAUUGAAGAAUUCCUGUUAUGAAACUAACUAAUAAGUACUAAAUCACUGCAAACUGAUUUCAUGUUCACUAUAAUUUAUUUGUGAUUACUCCUUCCAAACAUCCGUUAUAAUGAGGUCGCCAUUUUGUUACAACUAUCAGUUGUCCAAGGUUAUUUUUGUUCCUUAGAAAAAUAUUCGAUAACUUAAUAGGGAAUUUGUCUGCAAUAUGUAAUGUAGGUUAAAAAACUUCGGAGAAUAUUCCAACUGAUGUACAACUACUCUCCAGUUGCCUAAGGUUUGACUGUUUUUGCAAUAAGCAAUUCACAUCAUCCGUACAACUCAUGACGAAAUUGAGAAAGCUAUGACGCAUUUAACAACAAGACCUGCUUUGUUGAUGUUUCUUUGUACACCCUAUCAUCGUGAUGCAUUAAGUCACAUCAGUAGUAUCUUUAGACCAUAUUUUGAAUAGAGCAAUGCUUUUAGUACUCUGAAUAUUAUGGUAAGUUUUUCUUUAUGUUCCCAUUGUUUGGUAAGCUUUUUUAAAAAUUUCCCAUAGGCACAUUUGUUGGAUUGGAUCAUAGUGCACCAACUAGUCGUUCCGAUGGUAAAGCCUUAAUCGUUAAUGAAUUACUGAAUAAAUUGCAUACUCCAGUUAUGAUGAUAGGUGAUGGAAUGACAGAUGCAAAUGCUUGUCCACCAGCUUCUGUAUUUAUCGGUUUCGGUGUCAAUGUUAUUCGUCCUAAAGUUAAAACUAUAUCCGAUUAUUUCUGUACAUCUGUGGAAGAAUUAAUUAAUUUGUUGAAAAACCAUAAAAUGUUACUAUGAAAUUAUAUAUUGUAUAUAUGGUUUUACUUUACAUAAAUUAAUAUUUUCAGUAUUAUAUGUGGAUGUAAUGUAAAUAUUCUUAAUUACCAAUUCCUAAACACUGUUUACCUGAUAUUUUUGAUAAAAUAGUCUCACUAGUGGGUAAUCUUUUUUUAUUUAAAACGGCAGUAAACAAUUAAGUUAUCAUUAAAAAAGAAUAAUGAAUACAAGCAAAUUAUAAACUAAUUUAACCAGGAAAAAUUUUGCUUAUGGUUCAUGCUGAUACAUUUUAUUCAUAACAGAAUCAGUAGAAAAAAUAAGUCAAAGGAAAAUAUGCUAAGAUGAAUUUAAAUGUACAUAAAGAAGUGAGUAAUAUGAGUUACAAUUUGCUUCAGUGUGUUCAAUUUCAAUUUCUGACAGUGAAGUCUUAUUCACUGCCUUCUCGAGGCAGGGGUAUUGUUUACGAAACUGAGAGAAUGAAAGGCGAAUGUUCGACGUUUUGAUCGGGUUGACGGACACGGAGAGUCAACCUAAGGGAGUUGGAAAACCGUGAUUUUAAACCAAUGGUGCACAUGGGAUCCAGAAUCCUGAGGAAACUAAUGGCGUGUGAACCUACUGAUGGUCGCCGACUACCACAGGACUGCAUCUCCUGACGUUGCUCUACUACCUUGUGGAUUAGACCUUUAGGUUAAAGGCUAGCGGAGUGGUCCCCUAAGAAAACCACCUCCGGUUUGGGCACCCGGGAAGUAUCCAAACCCUCGCACAAAUCGGAUGUGACGCAUAUGUAUUCGAUGCCUCUUUGUACUGAUAUUUAUGUUUGAAUAAGAUAAAAUAAGUCCGUUCAACUGAUUGUAGUUUCGCGAUUCGGUCACUGCGAAUUUCUUGAUCUUGAGAUCGGGCGUCCACUGAAUAUUUCAUUAAGUCAAGCGACACUCUGUUAAAACUUUGCCUGGCACUUACAGUAGUUUGAUGUCUCUGUUUUUUAUACAUACUAAGACCUCCCGUGGUCUCGAUGAGGUACCCUUAUUUCCUGUCUGCCGAUACUUGUUCUCCCCUCCAAAUCUUUCUGAAGAGAACGUGACUCAUCAUGAUAGUUACCUCUAUAUCUGACUACAGUGCUUCAACUGGCAUGCUGUCUGAUCCUGCUCCUUUCCCAUAGUUGAUUUGUCUAGUGGUUUUCCUGAUUUUCUCCAUUUUCGGUGCUGUUACAUCUACAGAUAGGGCUGUGUAUACUGCUUGGAUAUCUGGUGGGUUCUGUGGGACUGGUCAGUUAAAGAGUUCUUCAAAGUGUUCUAUCUAUCUGUUACACUGCUGUUGAACCUCGCUAACUGAUGUGCCUUCUUUGUUUUUGACUGAUCAGUUUGAUUUGUUUCUGAUAUGUUUUGUCAGGUGAACGCUACUUGUUAUAUCUGGUUGUCGGAAACUCUUAGCACUUAUACUCGAAACGAGGGACCUCUGCAAUUUCUACGACUCGAAAGCAAGAGCACGAAGACUGGUUAUAAGUGAUGAUUUAUUAACCCUAAAACACGCCGACUCUAAUAAGAAAUACACUCAUUUAUAUAAUGAUUCCUACACUCAUAUAACAAAUCACAUGCUGAGCGUAGUUCAUGUCAGUUGAAUACAAGAAUAUCGUAUCCUAUACAGCAUAAAAUAUCAUACGGGCAAACAAAACAAAUACUACUCUGAAUAAUCAUCAGAUUGAAUUAAAACGGAAGUAAUGUUGAACGAAACUCAUAAUGAGUAAAUCAAUCGAAUUUUGACUUUUCUUGCUAUCAUCUCUUUUUCUCUGCUAGUUUCUUAGUUGUAUUAUAUAGGUCUGUCAUAUUUUUUCCCUUACAGCUUAUUCUGCAGUCUUUUCUAGGUAUUCCACAUAUUUCCAUUUGUCAUCUGUAAUGCUUUUCUCCAAUCUUUUGUUUCCACUUUUACGUUCGGCGUGUAUCCUGACUUUCUCUGCUUUUAUUUGAGUGUUGUUGCAAACCGUUUUCUUAUUUUUCCUAUCUUGAAUCUUACCCAGGGUAAGUCUCACAUCAGGAUGGUUAGGUCUGUUCUUGAACGUUUCUCGACAAUCGAUUACUGCCCCAUGAAACUGAUCGCUAUAAUCGCUGCUAUCAUUGUUGACAGCGUAGCACUGGGUGACAUUCGUUAUAACCCCUUCUCUCUUUGUUUAGAAGGACACUUUGUUGAUCCUGUUAGCGUAAUUUCGAAGCGCUCGUUGUAGUCCUGGGCUACAUCAGCUAUUACAACAGUAAAAAUCACCUCCAUUAUUUCGAUUUCAUAAUCAACCGUUCAUUCGAGGAGUAUCACUUAAAAUACUGGCUACAUUACAACAUGAUCGAAAGAGUCAGAAUAACAUAAAGC